UCCCUCCGACAUCAGCAGAUUUCCUAGCCUGUUCUUCAAGAUCCUCAGGAUGAAUACCUACAUCUGUCUUGCCGUUUGCCUUGUUGCUGCUGUCUCAGCUGCUGGAUAUGGUGGUGGAUUUGGAAGCAUGGGCGGUACUGGAGGAGGAAACGGAGGUGGCAUGAACGGAGGUGGAUUCGGAGGUAUGGGUGGAGGAAACGGUGGAUUCGGAGGAAUGGGCGGUGGAAUGGGAGGACAAGGUGGAUUUGGAGGAAAGGCAGGCGGAAAAGGUGGAUUCGGAGGAAUGGGUGGUACUGGAGGAGGAAACGGAGGUGCCAUGAACGGAGGUGGAUUCGGAGGUAUGGANUGGGCGGAGGAAAUGGUGGUUUUGGAGGAAUGGGCGGUGGAAUGGGAGGACAAGGAGGAUUCGGAGGAAAAGGAUAUUAGAUCCAGCUGA